AUGAAACGCAGCUACGAAGACCCGUCGCUCGAGCUAAUCGGCCGUUCCGCAGCUGAGCGACGAUUGGACCGCUUCUACAACCGUCAGAGAUCUAAGCUGCGUAAUGCUACUAAUAGGGACGGGUAUGCUAUAGAAAGCAAAGUCGUAGAAAAGAAGGAGUUACCUUUUCAACCGAGUGAGAGCACGGCCGCUUCACCACCUUCCAAAACUCGCAGUGAUGAGCCGAAUGCUCGUAAGAGCGUGCGAGACAUUUUGUAUGACCUAUCACAGCGCCAUUUACCGCACCGCGGCCGAUUUGCUAAAAGCGUAAAGCUUCUGACAAAGUUGUGCGUCGGCUAUCUGUCAGACAGGGCCAAUGCCGAGUACGCAGGCUUAUCGCUAGAUGAUUUUUUCCGAGUAUUCUUGAAGUUGGACCGCAUAUUCAUCGUAGAAUUUGGCGGAGGAGUGCCCAAAGACUGCGUCGAGCUAAAGAACGUCGUGUUGGAAUUCGUAGAGUCUGUUGUUGACCGUUUACUUGCCGAGGCUGACAUCUCACCAGUGCAUAGAGAGCUGAUGCACCUCCUAAAGCUCGACCUGUGCUAUUCCGCGUCACUCUGGUACGAGAACGACUCGUUUCGUUUCCAUGCGAUAGUGUCGCAGCUGGAGUCGCAUUUUAAGCGUUUUGAAGCAAUCGCCUCAGAACGUGAUCUAUCAGCUGAUUCAGAAAUGUAUAAUAACACGCCGUCGGCCCCUUCGAAUCCCAUAGAAGCUUCAGGGGACCAAAGUGACUCACCUACAGCUUCAUCAAACAAUGGCGGGGAAUCACCCAAAUCGUCGCCCAGCAAAGAUGGUAGCGCUGCUGGGGUUAUACCAAACUCUUCAGGAGCGUCGGAUGAAUCAAAACAAAUCGACGGUAAUUCACAAGACUGCCAGACGACUGCUGAUUCGCCGGGAUCUACUUUACCCAGCGAGAAAGAGCUGCAAUAUUUGCAACAUCAAGCCUUUGUUCGCGCGCUUGCCGUUGUAUUCGGAUUCUGCUCAUAUCCGUGGGCCAAAGUGAGCAUAGAAACCUUGUUUCAGAAAGUCUACCUACGUCGCGAACUCUUUUGUGACACCGAUCAACAGCGCAUAACAGAUUGGCAGCGCCACAUAAAGGCGGCUAAGGGCAAGACUUUCAAGGGUCAGUGGUCCACCCGCCCACCUCACGGUUUUGCAGGCAGUCUCACCCCCCUGGGCAUCGGCGAAUCGAGCUUCCAGGUGCAGGACGCGCGUGACGAGAAGAUCGUCACUGUGCACGGCUCCCAAGUGUGGAGCAACCGCCAGUUCGGCAUAUAG